AUGCAUAGCAGUCUCCGCCAGAAAGCCUGCUUGGCCUGCUCAGUCUCCAAGCGGGGCUGCGACAAGCAGCUUCCCGAAUGUCAGCGCUGCCUAGAUAGGCACCUGGAUUGUGUCUACCCACAGUCCAAGAGGCGGUAUAGGGACAGCGCAUUGGAGGACGACCAGGCGUACCAUCUCCCAUCUUCGCAUGAGUUUUUGAACCUCAAUUUAUUAGCGGACCGCUUUGACCACGAGCCUUGGGGUGCAAUUAACGCCCCCAACUUUGUUCCCGUUGUACCAGAUGUUAUGUUUCCUUUCGUUCAGACCCCUUCGACGGGUGGAAAUACACUAUCGACUCACAGUCUGACGCAUGACAGGACAUCUCCCUCAGACACCUCUACCCACUGGUUUCUUCAGGGCGAUACUUGGGAGAUAGGCCGUGUCACCAAAGAUACUGAUUGUGUGGUUGACGUCGAACUUGAACUGAAGUCUUUUAUCCAGUCUGUGGCUCAAAUGCUCCAAUCUUGGGUCAAGAAUGGCCACAAUAGCUUCAUACAUCGGCGACUGUACGAGAAAGGUCUACCUACCUGCCUUCAGGACGCUUUCACAACACUCACAACAUACAACGGCCGGAACUCGGCAAUAGAAGAGGUAGUACUGCAGAUUGCCCUGGACCGCUUAGCCGCACUCACCCGCCAAGGCCCGCCGGCAACCAGCGGUGCGGAAGGCAUACUGGCCCACCUCGCACGUGUCCAGUCCCUUUUCAUCUAUGAGUUCAUAAUGCUGUUCGACGGCUCAGUACGUGUUCGUGCAUCCGCCGAGAAGCAACUCCCGCUCCUUCGACAGUGGCUGUUCCAGUUGUGGGAGGUUGUCAAGGAGUAUCGAGGUGAAGAAGGCCAACCGAAUCAUGACCAACCGGCCGAGACUGAGCUCGACAGUGAAUACAACGCAUGUGUAGAGCAAUGGAGACUGUGGAUUUUGGCUGAAAGUGUCCGGCGCACCUAUGCGGUUGUCGAGUGCAUCACCAACGUUUUUGAAGCGAUGACCAGAGGCUGGGCCGCAUGCGAAGGUGCACCUAUGAUCACAGCUCGCAGCGGCUUGUGGGAAGCCGAAUCUGCAUUAGAAUGGUCUGAACUCUCUUGUUCUAAAUCCCCGAUUCUGAUCACCUCUCUACGACCCAUCCCGAUAAUGGCACAGUAUGAAGCUGAAGAAAUUGACGAGUUGGUAAAAGAGGUCUGGGCAGUCAUAGUCGGCUCGGACAGGAUACAAUACUGGAGUAACAGAAAAUCCAGGGCGAAGUGA